AGAGAGAGGUGUGACAAGUAGAGAAAAAAUAGUUUUUGAGUCAAGUCAGGGAGAGGAGGCAGGGGGAGCUCAGAGAGAGAGAGCUGUCCAAAGAAGUGCAAAGAGAUCAACAGUGAAAAACAACUUGGUGAGAAAACAAAAAAUCUACAAGACAUCUACAAUCGGUUUGAGUAGGUUAAAAGGUACAACCGCCGUACAGUACUGUACUCGACAGCCGGAUUUGACCAGAACUAGCAUCGCCAUGGUGACCCUGGACACGCGGACCCUGACGGUGCCCGUGGGCAUCGUGAGAAUGCUGGAGGUGGUCCUCACCUGUAUCUCCUUCAGCCUGGUGGCCUCGGUGGGUCACUUUGGCUCAUCCUACUGGGCCUGGUGCAUGUUCACCUGGGUCUUCUGUUGCUUCGUCACCCUCCUCAUCCUCAUCAUGGAGUUCACCACCCUCCAUGCCCGGGUGCCCAUCUCCUGGGAUGACUUCACCACCGCCUUUGCCAUGCUGUCCACGCUCAUGGUGCUGGCUGCCUCCAUCAUCUACCCCACCUUCUUCACGUGUGUCUCCUGCGGGAAGCAGAUCGCCGCCACCGUCAUUUCCUGUCUGGCCUUCCUCUUGUACGCCACGGAGGUGGGCCUGAUCCGGGCCAAGCCCGGCGAGAUCAGCGGCUUCCUCUCCACCGUCCCGGGCCUCCUCAAGGUCCUCGAGGCCUUUGUGGCCUGCAUCAUCUUCAUCUCUCUGGACCAUGGCUCCUACUCGCGGUUCCCAGGGCUCCAGUGGUGCGUGGCGGUCUAUUCGCUAUGUUUCAUCUUCGCCCUCAUCAUCAUCCUCUUUACUAUCUGCCGCCUGCUGUCGCUCUUCCCGUUCCCGUUCGACAAGGUGCUGACGGGCUACAACGUGCUGGCCGUGCUGAUGUACAUGACGUGCGUGGUGAUAUGGCCUCUCUAUAGCUUCCAGAACAACCACAGCAGACCCAACGGGUGUGGCCGCAACUGCUACUGGGAUAACCAGGUUGUAGUGGCGUUCAUGACCUGUUUCAACCUUGUGGUUUACAUUGUGGACACGGUCUACUCUUUCAGGCUGGUGUUCUUCGUCACCCCAGCUUAGGACAAAGGUCAAAGGUCACCUACCUUACCCAACCUGAGAACUGGCCCCGAAACACCUUGCCGGAUCUUAAACAAUAGACUGAACUUUGCUUUUGUAUGAAUACAGCAAACUGUAACCAUGCUGUUUUUUGGAACAUUAAUUGGUAUUGGGAGAACGUCUCUGUAUGGUGGAUAAUAACCGUUUUACUGGGCAAGAUUACAUUGUGAAUGAUAAUGCUUCUUCAUUGAAAAAAUGGGGUUAUAGUACUGCUAGCAAUUCACAAACCAUGAGGUGGAUAAGAAUGUUCUGAAUGCUUGGAUCCGUGCAUAGAUUCAAUGUAUAUUUUGUCUUCCCGUCUUUAAAAUACACAAGGAACUCUGCAGUGCACCCUACGCAGUCCACAUGGGCUGUAAUCAAAGUGAAUAGAAAGAUCAAAGAGCUGUUCUUGAUAUGUUCAUUUUAUUCUCAUAUUCUGUUCUCCAUUUCAUCUUUGCCUCUCUGGCCUUGAUUCAAUCAGUUCAGCGUUAACCCCGAUAACCCACAACUGCAUAGCAGAUCAUUGGUUUUACUGAUUUGACAGCUCCAACGAUGUUACACCUUUGUCAUGGCCCAAAUAAAAACAGAUCUGCUAUGCAGUUGUCGGCUAUCACAUCUCUAUCUCUCUCUAUAACAAUAAAAUAAAGAAAACAUUUGCUUAACACCUAUUCUCUUUCUACAACAGUGUUAAAGGACAUUCAGCAACGCUCCCUCCCUCUCCCUAUUUGCUAGGGUGUGUCUGCUAUGAGAGGCCCAUUGGAUGAAAUGGCAUGGGAUGUCGAAGUCCAGCCCAGGGCUUUGCUUUCAUGUCUCUUUCUGUGUUUGCUGAGUGCGGCGGGGAAGCCGACAGCGAGAUAAGUCUCAACCACACUCCGCUCCGUCCCACCUGGAUGACAUCACUCUCUUACACAGGCAGCAUCUGAAUCCCUCACGGACCGUGGCUUACCAUAGAUUCGAUUUGAUAGGGAACAUAUUGGGCCAUUCUGAGGCUGCUAAACUAAUUAUAAUUUCUAAAAAGACAGCAGAAUAAUUGUGGUUGGUGAUCUGUUUAUGGUAAUGAUGUCAAGGUCUCUCAUGCCCACACUUUGUUUUGUGAUACAUAUGGCAGGGGUUAUUCCUUUCUUCAUGAGAGAAAUUAAGUUAAGUGACGAAUGAAGAAUCAUUGUUCCAAAACAGAAGCCAACAGAAUGAUGGAGGUUCCUGAUCUGAUUAUGGUAAUGAAGUCAAGGUCUUUUAUGUCCACAUCUUUUCUUCUGUCUUGCAACCUUUGACAGGGAUUAUUGAUUUGUUCAAAAGAGAAAUGAAGUUAUGUUGCUGCUGUCUCCUUGGCACAGAUCAAGAGGGAGGUAAAAGUGAAAAAUGGACGAGGCAGAUAUAGAGAGAGGGAGAAGUGAGAGUGGGAGAGAAAGAGAGAGAAAGAGAGAGAAAUAGAGAGAGAGAAGAGGGAGAGUGAGAUAGAAGGAGAAGUAUAUAUAGAGAGGAGAAGGAGGAAGAAUAUGAGGGUAUAUAACAGUGAGAGGGAGUUAGGCAAUGCACUGACAAUAUUUAAAGGGAUCAUUGUCCUUCAGCUGAGACAGCUGCUGCUGUUGACACAACCAUGCAAUCUCCAUAGACAAACAUUGGCAGUAGAGUCAAUUAAUCAAAACAAUUGUACAUCUCGGUCAUUUUUCAUUAUUGUGUUAAACUGCCCUAGUGGCACCAGUGAAUCCAAAUGUAAUACAUUUUGUAAAUGAUUCCAAAAAUCUAGUGUUACAUUCAAAGUUGGUAUGGUACACUCUGAACUGGGGCAGUAGUAUGCAUAUAAGUAAUUAAGCAUUUUACGGUAAGGUCUAGACUUGUUGUAUUCGGCUCAUGUGACAAAUAAAGUUUGAUUUGAUAUCAUA